AUGGCUAAGUGGAGCAUUAUCGCCCUCGCCCUCAUCGGCUGUGCCGUCGCCGAGCCACCAGUAGGCUACAGCUACUCCGCACCCUCUUCCUACAUCAGUGGCGGACAUGGCCACAGCUCCCCUCUCGCCAGCGGAGGACACUACACCUCCGUCCCAGUGGGCCACCAAACAUCUGAGGGCUACCACAUUGACCCUCAUCUAUUGGAAAAAAUCAGGCACAUCAUCCUGAAGGACGAAAUCCAGAACCAAGCUUACCAAUCUUCUGUAGGAGGUGGACAUGGUCACGGUAUCUCUUCUCACUACGGAGCCCCAGCCCCCGUAUACGGUGUACCCCACGAUAGAAUCGUAGGAGUUGAACUCGAAUCCCUCCAACAGGGCAUCCAAGUCGCCCAAUACCACCAAGCCGAUGAAGGUUACUCCGGCGGUUACGGCGGAGGUUACUCUGGUGGUUACUCCGGUGGUUACUCUAGCGGUGGUUACUCCAGCGGUGGUUACUCCAGCGGUGGUCACGGAUCAAUCUCAUACAGCGCACCCUCAUACACCACCAUCGGCGCCCCAUCCGGCUCCUACGGCGUACCAUCCCUCUCAUCAUCAUACGGUGCUCCCCAUCAU